UGGAUGUAUUGCUGCAGUUUCCACAAUCGGUGCAGUAUUUUGUUGUUGAAUUUUAUCUUGUUGUAAUUACGUAGUCAACUGUGAAUUGUGAGUUCUUUCGGUCUUUCUUUAUAACUAUACUUUUUCAGAAAGAAAAGAGCUUUCCUCUUUCCUAUGUCCCGAAACGGCACGAUGCGGCUCUUAUUGCUGGUUGCGUUGCUUGUUUCUGCUGGCGAGUCCAGGAAGGGAGAUUCCGACCUUGAAAAAUGCUCGUCAUUUGCAGAAGGACAAGUUUACCCCGAGCGUUCGCAUUCGCGGAUGUGGGACCAUUCUUUGGAGGGAACUAAAGCUCUAAUUGGAAAACCUGCACCACAAUUCCAUGGCAUCACGGCUGUGAUAAACGGAGAUUUUAAAGACGUCAGCCUGAAGGAUUACCUUGGCAAAUAUGUCGUCCUUAUGUUCUAUCCUCUGGAUUUCACAUUCGUUUGCCCAACAGAAAUCACAGCAUUUUCGGAUCGCAUAACGGAAUUUAAAGCCUUGAAUACGGAGGUUUUGGCCAUAUCUGUGGACAGCCACUUUACACAUCUGGCAUGGAUAAAAACUGCCCGAUCGGAAGGUGGACUCGGCCCGGUGAAAAUUCCCUUGCUGUCCGACUUGACUCAUCGAAUUUCUAAAGAUUAUGGUGUGUAUUUGCAAGAUGCCGGUCACACUUUGCGGGGUCUCUUUAUCAUUGAUGGAAAAGGUAUAUUGCGACAAAUCACCAUGAAUGAUUUGCCCGUGGGCCGAUCAGUAGACGAAACAAUUCGCUUGCUCCAAGCAUUCCAGUAUACUGAUCAGCACGGCGAAGUAUGUCCAGCUGGCUGGAAACCCGGUGAUGAUACGAUUGUGCCAAAUCCUAACCAGAAACUGGAGUAUUUCAAAAAACAUCCCGGAAGUGACAAGUAGUAUUCUCAGUGUGUUCGCAGGGAGUUGUCCUUUAUUUUUUCGGUUAUUAUAAACAGCUUUCUAUGUUGGGCUGCAGUGUGCGUCUUUCUAAAUUUUGCAACACCUUUCCCCAAGUUUCAGAUUUUUUUAUCAUUCCUUUCUUUGAUAAACCGUUUCAACAGGGUUGAUAAAGGUAUUUUUGAUGA